AUGACUCCACCAAAGGAAACCACCAAGCCUCACCCAGAUUCCGACGAGUUCGAGUUCGGCCGCUUCCCGCCGGACUCACCCACCGGCCAGAGCACGGAUCAAUCCUCCUCACCGGCCGAUCACCUCUUCUCCAACGGCCGCCUCCUCCCUCAUUCCUUCCCACUACCAAUGCUGGUCCACAAUAACAAGAAGGAAUUUUUUCUUUCCCCGCCAUCUGAUCUCUCCCUCUUGUCCUCCAGAAGCAACAGUGUGAGCAGCAGCAGCAGCAGUGUCACUACUGCCAGGUCAUCAUUAUCCACGUCAUCGUCGUCGUCAUCAUCGGAUCACAACAGGAGACUGGUGUCAUCUUCGAAACUUGCCGGCCGGAAACAGAGUACUAUUACAAGUACUCCGGUGGCGAGCAAAGUGGUGAUGGCCCAGCUCUACGGCGAUUCGUCCCAGAGGUGGCAGCAUCUUGUGCCACCGUUGAGGAGCCGCAGCGGUAGGGUGGUGGGGAAAGGAGGAAAAUCCCCGCCGGCGAGGAAGAAGAAGCAGCCGGCUGGCAGCAGUGGUGGCGGUGGUGAUGGGUUCUGCCGGAAACUUCUGCGGUGGUUGUUGGUGGCGUGUAGAGAAUGCCAUGCUCUGGAACCUUCACCGUCACGUAGUUGA